AAAAAACUUUUUGCUAAUCUGGGAAAAUAGUUGUCUUCUUCUUGGUUGUUUGGUUCUCAGUAUUAUGGGAACGGAGGAACCGGAUGAUUGCAAAAUACCAUGUGAUGAAGGAAAGUCUAUUGGCUUUCAGAGAGAAAAUAAUAGAUGGGUAAGUUGAGUUCUUGACGGAAACUGAAUGCGGAUUUUCAAUUUGAGGUAGGCAUGUCCUUUUGGACCAUUAAGCGAGUAGAACCAUUACAUACUUUGCUUUUUUUUUCUUUUUUUUGUUAUUUUUGGAACACAUUUGAUUGGGUAUGUGUUGCUUUUACCAUAGGUUGAUGCAUCUGGUUGACCCAGUUUAGUGGGAAUUGCAUCCGGAGUCUUCAACAAAUCAAGUGAUCAUGAUCUGCAAUUGGUCACUAUUCAAAGCUGGAGGCUCUGGGGUUCCCCAGUGCUGCGUUGUAGUUAUUAUAUGGGUCUCCUAUAACUCUUCUUUUUUGGAUGAACUGAACUCUCCUCUUGGAGUUAUGAUGAUUGGAGCUGUACAACGUUCCAUGGAUUAUUUGUUGCUGAUGUGCUGUGGUCUGCAGCUGUAUAGAAGAAAGCAACAAUGUGCUUUAAGCUUCUACCCAGAUUCAACCAUUGUCUUGCAUUGGAGGAUAUUAUAUUUCCAUGGCAGAGGUUGCAACUUACUCCGAGCAUCAACAGAUUGGGACAGAAGGAAAUCAACAAAUGACAUGCAGAGGAAUGGAGACAAGAACUGAGCAGUUUGAUUCUCAGGCUUUGCCCUUUGAAAGGUCAAAUGACCCCCAAGAGUUGAUGGAGAUGGGAUACAUGCAAUAUGGAUGUGCACAUUAUAGGCGAAGGUGCCGCAUCAGAGCUCCCUGUUGUAAUGAAAUUUUUGAUUGCCGUCAUUGCCAUAAUGAAAUAAAGAAUAGUAUUUGUGUUGAUCAGAAAGAAAGACAUGAGAUCCCACGCCAUGAAGUCAACCAGGUUAUAUGCUCACUUUGUGGAACUGAACAGGAGGUUCGCCAACAAUGUAUCAAUUGCGGUGUGUGCUUUGGGAAGUAUUUCUGUGAGGCAUGCAAGCUGUUUGAUGAUGAUAUAUCUAAGAAGCAGUAUCACUGUAAUGGCUGUGGAAUUUGUAGAAUUGGGGGGCGCGAUAACUUUUUCCACUGCUACAAGUGUGGUUGCUGCUAUUCAAUUAUUUUAAAAAAUAGCCAUCCUUGCGUUGAAGGAGCAAUGCACCAUGACUGUCCUGUUUGCUUUGAGUUUCUAUUUGAUUCGACCAAUGACGUUACGGUAAUGCCAUGUGGACACACCAUCCAUCAUAAUUGCUUGAAGGAGAUGAGAGAUCACUUUCAAUUUGCUUGCCCUCUCUGCUCCAAGUCCGUUUGUGAUAUGUCCAAGGUGUGGGAAAAAUUUGAUAGGGAAAUUGCAGCCACGCCCAUUCCAGAGCCAUACCAGAACAAAAUGGUUUGGAUUCUUUGCAACGAUUGCGGUAAGACGUCGAAUGUGCAAUAUCAUAUUGUGGCUCAAAAGUGCUUGAAUUGCAAGUCCUACAACACCAGACAGACCUGAGGCUAGAGAUGUGGAUAUGAAGGCCACAUCCUAUCAUCCUGCAGCCCUGAAAUGCUUCCAUCUCCAGCUAUCUAAGCUCCCGUUUCCAUGCUGCUACUCCUGAAGAACCUUCAAGCCACACGUCAUUCUCGAGCGAUGGAGAAGAUGACAGACGUAUUCUGCCAGCUUCCUUUGCUUUUGCUUCAGGAAAUCAACAACAUCGCACCUUUUAUUUUUUUUUUUCCUUUAUUUGGUUGAUAUCUUGUGUUCUACCUCUUUCAUUCUACAUCAUUCUAUUUAUUGGUCUGUAUUGUCGUAUUUGCCCCCUCGCUUAGUAUGAAAAUAUUGCAUUGCAUUGCAUUUGAUUU